AUGUCUACUCCCCUGCGUCACGCCCUCAGGCGACUCGGCGCACCACACUCGCCUGCCGCCACCGCCGCUGUCAGGCACGCCGCGUCGCUCCGCAGGCGUGCUUGUUGGCCGGACCUGGCACCGCCACUGGAAACCUUCGUGUUGAGCCACAACAACACGGCCAUGCGCGAGGAUCGGCGUUCGUUAUUCAAAAACCAAAAGACGUUUCCCGUUGGUGGAGAAGCGAAGCUGCACGCGGACGACAUCGCUGUGACAGCGAAAAACCGUAAACUGUUUGGUGACGCCGCCUCACACGAUGGCCCAGGUAAUUCGAGGGACGAUAUGGCGAUGCCCACUGCUGCAGAGCUGGACAAAAUCCUGCCAACGGCCAAGCAGCUGCAGAACGAAAUUCCAUCCGCCGCUGCGGUACGGAACGCAAUGCAGGAAGGCCAAGACGCCGCAAUGUGGAAGGGCGGCGACGACGACGAUGAAGUGUAG